UUUCGCGACUGAUACGACAUCAACAACAACAACAACAACAACAUCGACGACCACAAUACUGUUAUUAUUAAAAACAUUACUAUCGUCUCCGUUUGUCGUUUCGGCGUUGACACGAUCGCCGCCGCCGCCGUCGUCAAUCCGCAGGGUCGUCCGUCCUACUGGGCAGCCCUUUGCGCGCGCACGUGUGCGUGCGCGCUUGUGCUUGUCGCCGCCGCCGCCGCCGCCGCCGACUCGACGUGCUCCUCUCGCUCCGGCGACGCGCGGCGCUCGUCGUCACACACGGACACCGAACGUCGACGUUCGGACGUGCACGUUAUUCGCCGCCGUGGCGUCGUCCCACUUCCGACGGUAGCCGUUGGUCACUGUUAUUCGCUCCCGUCGUCGCUGCUCGCGUGCGAGAAAUCCUCGUCACUCCGCUCGCGCACUCUUAGCACCGAUGGCCGUGCGCGCCCCAGCCAAAAAUGACUGUAGCUGCGAGCAGACUAGCUUACAUUUACAUGCUGAAAUUGAAAAUUUAAAACAAAAACUAUUAGAAAGAGAAAAUCACAUCGUCAACAUGGAGACUAAUUUUCUUUGUGAAGCUGAAAAAUUUCCUCAUGGCGAAUAUGCUGCGUUAACAGAUGAAAUAUUAAUAUGGCAAGACAAAUAUUCUAGAUUAUUAGAAUCACAUAAGAGAGUUCAACGUGUUAACCAAAGUCUUGAAGAUAAAUUAUUGUUACUUGUUGACAAAACUGAAUCAGAAAAGAAUGUAUUAAACUCAGAAAUUACAAUAAUAUCUCAAAAACUGGUUGACCAACAAUUUCAACUGAAUCAAUUGAAUGAUGAAAAUGAGAGGUAUAAAAACGAUCUUAAUAUUGCCAUCCAGUUACUUCAGUGUAAACCAUCCCAUUUUGUUUCUCAAAAAUAUGAUAACCUACCAAGUGAAAUACAAUCCAAAGUUCGAAGUUAUAUUUUUAGCAAACAACGUAGAAUGUCAGAUGGCAAUGGUAACAUAGCACAGAAAUCAGAAGGAAAAACUAUAAAAGUACCAAUUCCUACAUUUCCUCCGACAGCAAUGGUUUAUUCAUUGAGUAAUGAUAAAGAAAUAAAGUCAUCAAAAGAUGCUGAAGAAGGUUCAGCGCAACCUGUGAACAGUGUUUCAGCAGCAAUCUUAGCAAAAGUUCUAGAAGAAAGAGUCAAAGAGCGGUUAACUCAACGACACUGUUCUACUUGUUCAUGUUCUAACAAGAGUGGCGAUCUUAAUACAGACCAACAAGAAUGCCAUUCACCUCAAACUGAUUCCUCUGAUAAGCGAGUUCGCACCUUCACUAAAUAUAGUAAACAACCAAUGACUACUAAAAGUUCAGAGUCUCUAGUAUCAGAACCCGAAUUGUCAUCAUAUUUUGAAAACUCUGUAUCUUUAACAGAUUCCUCUGAUAGUGGACUAAAAUUAUCAGCUCGGUCUAGAUUAUGUUCAGUACGCUUACAAGAAGGAAGUAAUAAUAUAUUGUUAGAUAACGCUGCGACACCGUAUACAGGUCCUAUACUUUAUAAAAGCCGUUCGUCUAGUGGCGAGUACGAUGAACCUUUGGUACACUCACAAAAAUUGAUUGACCGUAACAUCCAUGCAAAUGAACACACACGCAUAUUGAUUUCAGAUGAGGAAAUAAUUUAAAAAAGUUAUACAUUUGGUAAGAAUAUGAGUGAAUGUGAUUUGUUUGACAAUAAUUAUAUUAGGUGAUUAAUAAAAUUAAAUAUAUCUAAUAUUAUAUUAUUUAUUAUAUAUUAUGUUAUAUUUAUUAUGACUACUAUAUAAUAAUUAUAAAGUAUUGUUGUUUAGCGUGAAAUUUUUUUUGCGCUAUCGCUAUAAUAAAUUUUAAAUUGCCUGAUACUAUAUUAUAUUAUAAUAUACCAAUUUAUCAACAAAAUGCUUAAUUUGUUAAACUAUACAUAUUUUUUGAACCAUGAAAUUCUAGUUUUAAAAUUAUUUUUUUUGUAUCAAUAAAUAAACAACAUAACAAUUAAAUUCUUUAGUAAGCUAACCUUGAUUUUUCCUUAAAUUAUAGUUUUAUUCGAAAUCAUCUGUUUUUAGAAUUUUUAAAUAUACUUAAAAAACAUAUUUUCAAUUCUUAAGAUUUUUUUUUAUAAUAUUUGUCUAGUGUCCUAUGGAAUUAUGAAUAUCUGUUUUUAAAUGACAACCCCUUUUUACUACCAAAAAUUAUUUAGUGGAUCAUUAUUCUAAAAAUGUUAUUGUAUUAAAAUAAAAUUUGAACGAGUAAUUUUUCAAUUUUGUAUUCUAAGGAGAAUGAUUUUUAAGCAAUUUAUAAAUUAUAAUUAAUAAAAGUUUAUAUUUCCACAGGAAACUCUUUAAGUAAUACAUCAAAAUCUAAGAAAUUGAAAUAUGUUCAUUAGGUAUGCUAAAAUAUUUUCAUAUACGGAAUUAAAAUAAAUUCAUUGUUAAAGGAAAAAUCAAAGAUGAGGGUGUUUCAGGUUUCUAUAUUAUGAUUGUUAUUUUACCCAUAAGUUGAUUAAUUGUUGUCCUUAUUAACAUGUUUCACGCUAAAUGAUGAUAGUACAAUAUUUUUAAAUCAAAAUUAGACCACAUAUUUUCACUCAUGUCAUCUCAACUAUUUCGCCAAUUUAUGUCAUCUGGAAAAAAACUAUAAAAUUAUGUAUACAAUUUUAAAAUUAUAAACAUUUUUAUCAAUGUUUAAAAUAACUAUUAUAACGCUGGAAAAUUGAUUUACAGGUACUGACCAGACUGCAUUAUUGUAUUUUAAAAUAUUGGUUUGAUUAUACUAAAGAUAAUAAUAAAACCAAAAAUUACUAUUUUACUCUAUAUUUUAUUUAUUUAGAAUAUAAUAUAUUAUAAUAUGUAAUGCAAUUUUUAUAAAUGACAUUAAAGUGAUUCAUUUACAAAGUAUAAGACAAAUAGUGUUAUAUUUAUUUCUAUCUAAAGAUUAAGGAAUAAUACUUAAGACAAAAAUGUAUAAAAAAUAUUUUAGUUAUUAAAAUUAUUACUCAUUUUUGUUUUA